CUACUGUCUCAACUACUCGACAAGUGAUGCCGAGCGAUCUGGAUAGACAGAUUGAGCAGCUCACGCGUUGUGAACCAAUAUCAGAGGAGGAGGUGAAGCGGCUAUGCCUUAAAGCUCGAGAAAUCCUCAUCGAAGAAGGAAAUGUUCAGAUUGUGGACUCUCCGGUGACGUUAUGUGGAGAUAUACACGGACAGUUUUUUGAUCUACUGGAGUUAUUCAGAGUCGGAGGAUAUUGUCCAGAAACAAACUAUCUCUUCAUGGGCGACUUCGUUGACCGAGGUUUCUACAGUGUCGAAACGUUUCUCUUGCUUCUCGCUUUGAAGGUGCGAUAUCCCGAACGAAUAACGCUCAUCCGGGGAAACCACGAAUCACGACAAAUUACGCAAGUCUAUGGAUUCUACGACGAAUGUCAGAGAAAAUACGGGAGCAGCAAUGUCUGGCGGUGGUGCUGCGAGGUAUUCGAUUAUCUUGCCUUGGCGGCAAUCGUCGACGGAAGGGUGUUCUGUGUUCAUGGAGGGCUGAGUCCUAACCUGCAAAAUGUUGAUCAGAUUCGAGCGAUUGACAGGAAACAGGAGGUUCCCCACGACGGUCCCAUGUGCGAUUUACUUUGGUCAGAUCCUGACGAUAUUGUUGGGUGGGGCCUUUCGCCAAGGGGUGCCGGAUUCCUGUUCGGUGCCGACAUAACCCAAACAUUCGCCCACCAAAACGCAAUAGAUCUGAUCGCUAGAGCACAUCAGCUCGCAAUGGAAGGGUACAAGUUGAUGUUUGACAAGACUAUUGUCACGGUAUGGAGCGCUCCGAAUUACUGCUACCGGUGUGGCAAUGUAGCCUCAAUUUUGGAAUUGGAUGAGCAUCUAAGUCAGGAAUACAAAGUCUUUCAUCAUGCACCCGUGGAUGUUCGAUCUGUUCCUGCGAAGCGGCCCCCAGCAGAUUACUUUCUAUGAAAGUGGUUAAAACGCUCCCUACACCUGGAGUUCAGUUCGCAUCACAAGAGGUUUAUGAAAUUUAAGUUACAGAUAUCGAUAUGAUAUAAUAAGAUACGAAUAAAGGUGGUUCUGGAAACGUUGAAAUCGGCGCAUAAAUCAAUAACAAUGAGGAGUCGACAACAACGACACAAUGAUGGGGGGAUGGAAUCUUCAUGUCCCACAACAGCUUCGAAGAUGAAGAGAUAUAGCUUUCGAACCAGCCUCCAGCUGCACCCUCUCUCCAUCCCGUUCGAAUGGUAGAUUUGCCUCCCUCAUUGACAUUCUCCUCGAUUCGACCAUUUCGUCAUACUCCCACUUCUUGAUCACCCUUGCCGCGAUAUAUUCGAAGACGUCCCGAACACCCUCACCUGUCUUUGCACUUGUGAAGAAGAGCUUGGGUCCACGAUCUGGCAGUCCCGGAACGGUGACAGAAGCUCGUGCGUGUGCUGCAGUGGCCAUUACUUCGGAAGAAUGACUUUCGGGAGUUGUAGCUGUCGUGGAAAUUGCAGACAUGGUAAGGGCGUCACUCGAGGACUCCGGAUCAUCAUCAUCUGCAUGACGAUCUCGAUGUGCCGCAAACACGCUGGGAGUCACAGUACUGUUGGAACUGGAACUCGCAUUCGAGAGGGACAUCAGACGUCGUGCCGGCCGUUGACUAGU